UCUUUACCCUGCUUUUCACAGGACAAACCCAAAGUAAUAGUGAUUCCGCACCAGCUGCUGGAGUAAUGGUAAACAAGCCACACUCUGUAGCUGUGACUACUUUCAUUCCUCCAUCAUCUCGAAAAGGAGAAGCUGGAGUCAAGAAACCUAAUAUAGCAGUUGUAGAAAUGAAAUCAGAGAAGAAGGACCCCCCUCAGCUCUCUGUGCAGAUGUUGCCUAGUUUGGAUAUUGAUAGCAUUUCAUACAGCAGUGUUGACGGGGUUUCCCCUCCGCCAAGUCCCAAAGAAGCCUCUCUCCCUCCAUUGCCUACCUGGAUCCAGGUAGGUCUCAGGGUUCUUUUAUAUUGUUAACUGUUACUCCAUAUU